GAUGAUCUAUAAGGUCCCUUCCAAACUCUGUUAAUCUGUCCCAGGGCCUCUUGAGAAACUGUCCUUGGAAUGUCCCAAAGGUGUUUUUUCAAGGGACAACUGAACUUUCUUGUUUUUGUUUGGAGAUAUUUUACUUCUCAUCCAAGAAGUUUCUUCAGCUCUGACUGGAUGGUGGGAAAUGGAAGGAUUCCUACUCCUUGCAGUUAGCUGGUCAUUUGCAUCCUUUUUAGGCCACCUGGAGGUUUAUUUGUGUCCUGGGGUCACCAAGUGAUGCAAAUGGGUGUGCCGCCUUCUUGAGACUGCUGAAAGGACUGUGGUAUAGACAGGAGAUAGAUGGUGCCAUAUCCCUCUGCCUCUGCUGAUGUCCAGUUUGACAUCUUUGGCCUCUUGGACCCCUCUUUCACACCCGCGGUGCUCUCUGCAAAAUUUGGACUCUGCUGUCUUCAAAAGAGUGACCCUUGAAAUGCAGAUGGGCUGCUGAAUCUUGUCCUGACGGGUUUCUUCUCCUAUGUUGUGCCAUGCCUUUGUGAAGUGGGAACGGCUCUCAAUGCCGGUGAAACAAGAACGUGCAAAACGUCCAAUACAAAAUAAAACAAACGGAGACGCGGUUUCUGAAUCUUCAUCAAAAUGCAAAUAUUCAAACGAAAGAUCCUGACCCUAUGUUAGAAAACGAGCUCUAGCCGUCCCCCGGCCUCUUCUCCAGCCUCCCGCCCUCUUGACUCCGGAAGGGGCGGCGCCGGGUGGCCGUUUGAACGCAGGCGGCGCCGUUCGGGCAGACCCAGCUAGCUUCCCAGGGAAAGGUGGUGGCUCAAGGACCGGCUCUCCCUCCUCUGGGCUCCGGUCGGUCCAAAGCCGAGUCCGCGACGGAACCGUCUUCCCGGGGAUGAGCGCCGACGCUACGGGCCCUCUCGGGCACAGCCGCAGCUCCUCGCCGGAGGGGAGGGCCGGCUGGGAGCGCAAGCUCCGCGGCCGAGCGGAGGAGCUGCUCCGGACCGAAGGGCGAUACCUGGAGGAUCUCGAAGGGGUUGCGACGUACUUUGUGGUCACCCUGAAGGCCAAGGGGAUCUUGAAGCCAGACAUCCAUAAGAUUCUCUUUGGACCCUGGGAGUCCAUCUGCUCCACCAGCCGGACACUGCUUUUCCACCUGACCAGAGGCCAUUUUGCAUUAGGACUCGAGAGUUUCUGCCACCAGCUGGUGUUCUACGUCCAUUAUGCAGAGAAUCUGGAAGCGGCCCAGAACAUCCUUAAGAAACUGGUAAAGAAGAACAAAGCUUUUUCCCGCUUCAAGAAGCUUCAGGAAUCCCGUCCAGAGCUUAAAGGUUGCCGGCUGGAAGAGCUGCUGUCGCUGCCCCUGCAAAGGCUCCAUCAAUAUAGGCACCUCCUGCAGGAUUUGGUGGAGCACACUCCCCCAGAGAGCUCUGGAUUUGACCAACUCCAAGGGUCCCUAAAGUCUGUUUUGGAGGUCCUGCAUCGAGUCCAGGAAAUUGCUCGUGUCCAUGAGAACCUAUUGAUGAUGAGACAGAUACAGAAACAGCUCAAGGGACGGAAGACCCAAGUGCUGGCUCCAGGGCGUCGGUAUCUCCAGGAAGGUUGGCUGAUGGAAGUCCCCUCCAAGGGGAAGGAGAUGCAGCGCAGGAGGUGCUUCCUUUUCUCUGAUAUCUUGUUGUUAACCAAGCCUUGCCACCCGCUCCAUCCUUGGAAUUCACACAAGUUUGCUUGCCAGGCUGUUUACCCUCUCAGUCACUGUGUUGUGGAGAAGGUCUUUGGUCACACCCAGAGCCAAGGAGGGCUGCUCAGUCUCUCUUUCCCACAAAAAAAGUUACUAUUGAUGUCUUGCGAUCAGGAGGACUUUGCCAAAUGGCACCAGAAUCUGGUGGUGGCUAUCAGAGAGCUUCAGGUCUGUUGCAGCCUACCCUCUCAGAAGGCUGAGUGAGCCAGCUGGACUCUGCAGGAAAUAGCCUGUGUGCCCUGGGCAGUUGUUUGGCAAUCCGCCAACUUGCAGACAUUAGUGCUACCCUCCUUUGGACAUCUAACUCCAAGCAUAACCCUAACACAGCUCUGUCCUUGGUUUGGUUCCCUGUUCCUUCGGUCCAGAGAAGCAGGACGCUAGGAAUAGCCCUUCUCCUCAGAGGCUGCUGCCUCCAGAACAGCCAUACUUAUUGAGCCUAGAGACAGGGAGCCCUGCCAUGGGAUAGCCUUCUCAGCAAUUCUCAUGUGACACAGCGGGACGGAAGUAAUUACGAUUCUACGCAAACUACUUUCCAUACCUGUGGAUCUUGCACAGUGGGAUGUAAAAGUCUAUUUUCUUUUAAUGACUAUGAAUGGUGGUGGUUUCUUCUUGUGAAUUCUAUUAUGAGAUUAAUUUUGCCUGCCAAGACAGGAAACUUUUUGGGCUGGAACUCAGUGGGUUUUAAAAACAUGCCAAGGCAUGGACAGGUCCUUGAGACUGCAUGCUUGGGAGCCAAUUACUCUAUAAUCCAAUUCCAUCAGUAGAACCAGGGCAGACAGACUGCUGCUUUAACCAUUUUCAAAUUCUGUAGCAUGACUGCUACGCAACCAGAACUCCAAAUGUAGACAAAGUUUGGUAUUGCUGUAAUCCUAUUUUCAGCAGAUAUUAACAACAGAUUACUUCUGAAUUUUUGUUGCUAACAGUGGAAUGUGGUUGUGGAGAUUUUUCAGAUCCUCAAAUUUCAGAUAAUAGAUGCCAUUUUUUUAGGGAAGGAAGGAGCAGUUUAUGGUGCCUUUUAACAAUUUUAUUAUAAUGUAUUGUAGCAAAACAAUUUCUACAACAAGUUUGCCAAUUCCAUCUAAAAUGAGUAGAUGCAAUAAGCAAAUCAGUAACACUUAUUUUCAAAUGCAUUGUUUUGCAAUUGUGAAUGUAAAAUCCAUGUGAACCCCUUCCCAAUAGGUUGGGACUGUCUGUAGUGAUACUGAAAACUGCAGAGGAUUGGUAAGGAAAACAUAGCUCUAUGAUUAUCAAAGGAGUAAAAAAAUUAUGAAUAUAUUUUUAUUCUAAAAAUUAUGCCGGCCACAUGACCAUGGAGACGUCUUCGGACAGCGCUGGCUCUUUGGCUUUGAAACAGAGAUGAGCACCGACCCCCAGA